UCGUCCUCCCCACUUAAAUAAGCGCAUUGUCAAUUUGUGUCUCUCUGUGUGUGUGUGCGUGGCGUCUCUCUGUCGUGCGUGAACAAAAAAGAAUUAUUUAGUUUUUUUACAAACGAAACAACAACAAAAAAUGUCACGGGAUUCGUGGCCGGACGCGGUUGCCAAUGCGAGGAAGAUUGGUGGCGUUGGAGGAGAGUAAAUCCGUGGUGGUUGUGGUGGUGGUCCUGCUAAGAUAGACCCCCCCCCCCGCUCACAGUGGGGCGAUUUCUGUGCCCUGAGCUGGCGUAGCUGCGAGUGGAGGGGGGCGACGAUUUGGAGAGUCGAGGAGGCGGACGAGUGGACAGCCCCCUAUAGGCCGCCACCGCCGACGUCACAAUGGGCGACUGGAGCAUGCUGGGAGGCGUGCUGGAGCAGGCGCACGAGCACUCGACGGCGCUGGGCAAGGUGUGGCUCACGGUGCUCUUCGUCUUCCGCAUGCUCGUGCUGGGCACGGCCGCCGAGAGCGUUUGGGGCGACGAGCAGUCGGACUUCCAUUGCAACACGCUGCAGCCGGGCUGCGAGAACGUCUGCUACGACGCCGCCUUCCCCGUGUCGCACGUGCGCCUCUGGGUGCUCCAGAUCGUCUUCGUGUCGACGCCGUCGCUCGCCUACCUCGGCCACGUGCUGCACGGCGCCCGGGCGGCCGCGCGCAGGAGGGAGCGGCGCGCGCGCGCCGCCGCCGAGGGGAGGGCGAGGGGGGCGGCCGAGGGGAGGGCCGCGGAUUCCGCGGCGGCGGCGGCGGCGGCGGCCGAAGGCGGAGAGGACGGCAAGGACAAUGGGAGAGGAGACGAGGAGGCUCCUCCCGUGCGUCUCCGCGGGGCCCUGCUCCGUACCUACGUGCUGUGCGUGUCCCUGCGCUGCGCUCUCGAGUUGUGCUUCUCGCUGGGCCAGUACGGCCUCUACGGCCUCCUGCUGCGGCCCCUCUACCGCUGCGAGCGCUGGCCCUGCCCCAACGCCGUCGACUGCUUCCUGUCGCGCCCCACCGAGAAGAACAUCUUCAUCGUCUUCAUGAUGGCCGUGUCGGCGAUCUCGCUGGCGCUCAACCUGGCCGAGGUGUACCACCUCGGCUGGAAAGCGUUCACGCGCAGCAUCAACUACCGAGAGCCCACCUACGAGGUCCCGGAUUAUUCCGAGCGGCACAAAACUCCUCCGCCUCCUCCGCCCGCAAAGAACCACCGCUCCCAGCAACCGGGAGUCGAACCCAGGUCCCCGCAGGCUCCGGGUCUUCCGUGGGCGAGCGCUCGCGAAGGAGGCGAGACGGCUGAACGAGGAGGUGGACAAGACGAGGCCUACCUCGCCGCGGCGGCCCCACCGUACCGCCGGCAGGAUUGGCCAACAAUGUUUGCGUCCGAAUUCGACACUGGCCGCUCCACGUUUGACACCCUGUGGGACGAGCCCUCCGCCUCUACGGGGAUGCCGACGUCGCAGCAGGCGACGAGGUGCUCCCCCGCUGGGCAGCUGCCCCCAGCCACGGCGCCAGGCUGCCCCCGGCUGCCCUCGCCCCCCACGAUGCCCCUGCCCCUGCCCCCCUUCCCCCUGCACAUGCGCAUUCAGGAGCCCCCCCACAGUCGCAGCAGUGGCGGCGGCGGCAGCAGCAACGGCAGGAGCCGCUUGGAUGACCUCGCCGUUUGAAAGGACCGGGAGAAGUUUCACGAUGGCCCCGUGUCGCCUAGACGCCUAGGUUCGAGACCCGGGUCCGGGUUUUUUUUGUCUCGUUGAGUAGGACUGCGUCGGCGGGCGUCUCGAGUCACGGAGUCGGCACCGGCCGAGACAUAGGUUUGAGCCCUGGGUGUGUGUGUGUGUGUGUUUCUCUCUCAAGUGGUCCAUACUGGCCGUGUUUGAACAGCCUGAGGUGAGCGAUCGGCUUUCUAGAAGGGGGUUCCAUCCAGUGGCCGUGUCGGAGACACAGCCAGCACCGCUGAGCUCCUGGCUUCGAGCCCCCCCCCCCCCCCCCCCCGAGGCUGG